CAUGGAUGCAGGGUGAUGAAUUUCUUGCAUUCCAGAUCGCUUUCAAUUAAAGGACAGAGAUGAGCCGUCACCAACAGCAACAGCAACUCAAAGAAAUCUGGGAACAGCUCCAAGACUUUACGCGCGAAAACCAAUCGGAAAUUGCGGAUUUGGAACACCGGCUCGAACGCGCCAAACAAAAGAGAGAGUCCCUCCUGGCUCGGGUGGAGGCGGCGAAGGCUAACUACGAAGCUGCCACUUCCACUUCCGCGUCGGCCAGUGACAAGCACGUAGUGGACCUGCUGGACGACGACGACGACGACGACGACGGCAGAGAAUCGACCCCGAAUUCCUAUGCACGAAGCCCGGUAACGAGCAACGAAAAAGGAUCCAAGGACAGGAGUGCUCCGCGAUGGGAAAGUCCCGGCGCCCGGCGCCAAGCAAGAAGGCGUGCUUCGUCUUGCGAAGAAAAUCGCAGGCUGAAACCACCGCCAUUGGGGCACCGCGAAGUCCUUGACGUGUUCGGCUGUUGCAGCAGCGACGACGAGGAUCGGACACAAACGAGGAAUGCCCCGAAAAACGGUGCAGAAAAGCGCACGACCCCGGACCAUGUCGGUGCGCGAGGGGACCGAGCGAGCAACGCACCAGCAACGCACGGAAACCAACGACCGAGAGCGCCGCCGUCGAAUACCGGUGCGGGCGAUGAACGAAAAACUGCGGCCGGGCCACAAUCCGACGCCCGCACUACGGGGUUGGGAACAACCCGAUCCCAGCCCGCGCCCGCUUGGAGCACGGGAAGCAACGGCAGCCCAAACGAACGACCCGUGCUUUCGCAGCAGACGCCCUCGGGCACCAAUGGUGGAGAAACGCCACGGGCUGCCGAAAGCGGGGCCCGGUCCUUGCCGAAACGCACCAGGAAAAGGAAAUCUGCGGACACGGUCCGCAUCCUCUACCGGCCCCGACCGGAAGACGUACCGCCCGAGCGGUGGCUGAACUCGUCCAUCGGACGGACCCGGGAAGAACUGAAUUCCAUCCGUGACAUGGUCCAGUACAUGGGCUCCUGCAAGUUUGGUCAGUCCUCGGUCUGCAGCAAGUUCGGCAGGGUCCACGCCAUCGUCAUGAGCGACGAGUGGAACGACCUGGCCCAGCGGAACGACGUGCUGCAGAACUGGUACGUCGGCCUCGGGCCGGGGCGGAAGCGGCUCGCCAGGCUCGUGGGGGCCUGCGAGUCGACCAUUCCCAUCUUCCAGGCACCCAAGAAGGAGCACAGGACCCCGGAGAUCUUUUAUGUCGGGCACUACAAGGUGCUCGGCCUGCAGGAACUGGAUCCCACCGUCACGAUCAAGGGGAUCGAGCGCGACAUCAAGCUGAGCUUUGCCUUUGAUCGGUUCGACGGGCGAUUGGACGCCAUAAUCCAGGGCGGACCCGUGCGGAGCGGUUCGACUCCCGGGCAGUGGCAGCGUUGAGAGCGGUCAAGUCCUUGCGAAAGGGCACGAAUGGGUGCAAACGCCAUAAAUGGAUACAAUUAGUAUUCUUGCAAACUAUAAGUAGUUACAAACCUUUUCCGUGGAGUAUGAACUAACGAUACAUUGCGUGGUGUGUUUGAAUAAGAAGCAGGUGAUAUUGUUGUAGGAACCGGCUCAUCGUAAAGAGUGAGUCUAUUCACUCUGGUGACAAACGAGCAAGAUCUUUGUCUGCAACAAGGCCACCCGCAGAAGCCCGAGGAAGUGCUACGGGUUUGGAACAAAACCGGCACCGGGCCUCCUCUACGAGCGGUACCGGUAGCAACGGCAGCCAAAAACGAAUUUCCAUUACCAUGGCAAAACGAAUUUCCAUUACCAUGGCAACAGACACCUACGGCUUCUGCUAGCACCUUUGGAGAAGAUACUGCAAUUGGUGAAACGUCGCAGACUCAAAGCGAUAACCGAUCCUUGUCAAAACGGAACGUCAAAAAAAGAAAAUCCACUGGCCCAUCCCGCAUCUUCUACCGGCCUCGCCCGGAAGACGUACCGCUCGAGCGGUGGCUGAACUCUUCCAUUGGUCGGACCCGGGACGAACUCAACAAAAUCAACGAAAUGGCCCAGCAUGUCCCCUGUAAGUUUGGUCAGUCCUCCGUCUGCAGCAAGUAUGGCACGGUCUAUGCCAUCGUACUGAACGAUGAAUGGAAUGACCUGCCCAAACGGAAUGAUAUGCUACAGGAUUGGUUCGUCGGGGUUGGCACAAGGCGGAAGCAGCUUGCCAGGAUGGUAGGAGCCUGCACAAAGCCUAUUCCUAUCUUUCAUGCUCAUAAGAAAGAGCACAAAACACAAGAGAUCUUUUAUGUCGGGCACUACAGAGUACAAAGCAUACAAGAAUUCAACCACACUGUUGUGGUCAAAGGAACGGAGCGCGACAUCAAGCUAACCUUUGCCUUUGAUCGUUUCGACAGGCGUCUGGAUGCCGUUAUUCAGAGAGGUCCCGGGAGGAGCGGUCCCUCGAACCUUGCGGAAGAGGAUGAAUGGGUAUAAAAACUUUGAUGAAUGGAUACAAUUAGUAUUCUU